UCGAAUAUCGAUGCAUCACAUGCAACUGCUGAAUGUCUAUUGAAGAGCAAAGUAGCCUUUGGAUCACUUUCCGGUGAACGUUGAGUCGGUGCGGUUGUGCUACGCAGUCCACGUAUUAAAAAUGGGAGUUCCUGCUGGUGAUGCUGAAAAGGGCAAGAAGCUGUUCAAGCAAAAGUGUUCGCAGUGUCAUACUGUAAAUGCUGGUGGCAAACAUAAAGUAGGACCUAAUCUUCAUGGAUUGAUUGGCAGAAAAACUGGUCAGGCUGCUGGCUUUGUCUACACAGAUGCAAACAAGGCCAAAGGAAUCACCUGGAACCCGGAUACGUUAUUCGUCUACCUUGAAAACCCUAAGAAGUACAUCCCUGGUACAAAGAUGGUGUUUGCUGGUUUGAAAUCAGAGGGUGAACGAGCGGACCUGAUCGCAUACCUCCAGGAGGCCACAAAGUAAAUCUGAUAAUGAAAUAAGAAACAACCAUGCGGCGAAGUAGCAACUCUAGUACAAGUAUCACCUCUGACUUCGUAUACCGCAAUCUCGUCAUUUCGUUAUACCUAUUUAUAGUGUGAUUCCUAAUAUACGAUAGCAAAAUCAUUAAUGUUAAUGAUGGUUGAUUGAUUGACCAUAUAGUGAUAUUGUAAUUAUGUAAAUGACAUUAUAGCUAUAUGAAUGCAGCUACCAUCAUUUGAGGUAUUAAAUUAACAAUGUUUAACUCUGGUAGUUGACCACUCCGAAACUCUAUUUAUUAUCAUUGUAUCAGUUUUGAAUUGUACCAUGGCAGCGCAAAGCUGCUAUGGUGAAAAUUCAUUAUUCGACAGUCAGAAGACAUAGGCUUGAUGCUAAAGUUUAUUGGCUAUUCAUUAAACCGUAUUCAUUUUA